GGCAGACGGAGGAUGACGCAAUCGAACCGCGACGCGAGAAGGUCAGACGGGAUCCUCCAACAUGGCCGCGGCGGCCCUAUGGGGGAGCUGGUGCAGCUGCCCGCAGAGAUGCUUCAGCAGCAGAAUCCAGUUUCUGUCCAGCCACAACCUUGCACUGCUGCCCCACGGUACCCAUCAGAUACGCCGGCCAGGUGGAGAGCUGUCCCUGUCCAAAUCCUAUUCUUCUGGAAACAGGAAAAGCUUUCUCUCUGGCUUGCUAGAUAAUAUCAAACAGGACUUAGCCAAAAACAAAGAAAUGAAAGAAAGUAUUAAAAAGUUUCGAGACGAGGCCAGGAAGUUGGAAGAGUCCGACGCGCUGCAGGAAGCCAGGAGGAAAUACAAAACCAUUGAAUCUGAGACCGUGCGGACGAGUGAAGUAAUAAGGAGGAAGCUGGGGGAGAUCACGGGCUCUGUGAAGGAGAGUCUCGAUGAAGUCAGUAAAAGCGACUUUGGCCGGAAAAUCAAGGAGGGUAUGGAAGAGGCUGCCAAGACCGCCAAGCAGUCGGCUGAGUCGGUGUCAAAGGGUGGGGAGAAGUUGGGCAGGACCGCCGCCUUCAAAGCCCUCUCCCAGGGGGUGGAAUCUGUGAGGAAGGAGAUUGACGAAAGCGUCCUGGGGCAGACCGGGCCCUACCGGAGGCCAGAGCGGCUCCGGAGAAGGAAGGAGCUUUCAGGAGGAAAGUCCGAGGGGGAGAAGGUGUUCGAACCCAACGAGGAGGCCCUGGGGGUCGUGCUGCACAAGGACUCCAAGUGGUACCAGCAGUGGAAAGACUUCAGGGACAACAACGUGGUGUUCAAUCGGUUCUUCGAGAUGAAGCUGAGGUAUGAUGAGAGUGACAACGCGCUUAUCCGGGCCUCCCGCGCGCUGACAGACAAGGUCACAGACUUGCUGGGGGGCCUGUUCUCAAAGACGGAGAUGUCGGAGGUGCUCACAGAGAUCCUGCGGGUGGACCCCGCCUUCGACAAGGACCGGUUCCUGCGGCAGUGUGAGAAGGACAUCAUCCCCAACGUGCUGGAGGCCAUGAUUUCUGGAGAGCUUGACAUUCUCAAAGACUGGUGCUAUGAAGCUCUUCUUUGUGUUGAGCAACCCAGGCUUUCGGCUGCCUGUCUUCUGUACCCAGCUCCCAAACAACUUGGGAAAAGCAGAGGAGAAGGUGGCACAUUUUCUUUUUAAACACUUGCCUGCACGGUGACUAAUCCAACGGGCAUUUAUGUUGUUUUACUUUGGGACCAUCACGACGUGGCUGAUUAUGUCUGCCAAAGCCACCGGGGGGCCCUGCAAAUCCUUGCACAGGGGCGUUUUUAAAUGUCAUGUUUAAGAAACCUCACAAGAAUCAGAUUGGCACUGUUUCCCUUUUCUCGGCGGAUCAGCUGCCUCCGGAUAAACCGGAUCUGCCGCAGUGCCUUCCAACAUGGUUGCCUGCUGAGCCCUGGGAAGCCUCAGAGGACGGAGACAAGGCUGCACGUGUCCUGGGCAUGGGAGCUGGCACAAGGCAGUGGGGGUGCCAUCUGGGCACCACUGCCUCCCCGGCAGGCCAGGCUACCUGUAGCCGCAUAGGAGGCGGUCCAGGCAGUUCAUUUCCGAGCGGCUACGGGUUAGGACAAAUCCUAGAAAAAGCGCUUGACUCCAGGCCAAGAUUCAGAGAGGUGAACACGGGGAAGCUCAAGACUGGCCAGAGAGACCUCAAUUUACCUCUGAGGGAGCGCAUGGCAGGCGUGUCCCGAGGGGGUCACCCACGUUGCUGAUUAAUAUCACUUUCCUUCGGUGGUCUUGGUACAGUCUUUCUAAGGGGGGGGAGUGUGGUCCAGGCCAGUGGAUGGGUGGCACUGGCACCAACCCCCCUGCUUGGACCUGUGCCCCUGGCAUCUGCCAUGCCUGGUGGGGGGCAGGCACAGGAGACGUUUCUGGAAGGUGCAAGCGCUGAAAGCGGGCAGCUGGGCCGGGAAGCCCGCUGCAGGGAGUGUUCCCUGGGGGCUGCAGCCGUGGCUGGGCGGUGGCAGCUGCAGGGCCCCGUGGGGGACUCGUGUGUGGGUGGCC